AUGAUAUUUUUCACUUGCAAAAUACUACUUGUACGUUUUGCUUUGAAAGUUCCAGAUUCACGAUUAAGGCAGCAAAAACUUCCUGCAUGGCGGCCAAUAUGGACAAUAACUGGUGUUCUAGGUACAACGAUUUUCGUUGCUAUUGUCUUUAUCCCGAUCGGUAUCGCAUUAUUAUAUGCAAUAAGGGAAAGCAUAACUGAGUAUACAAAUUGUAUUAAUUCGUCAAUUGGCGCUUGCGUAAUGGAUAUAACUUUAUUGGAACCCUUUGAUGGCGAUGUAUAUUUCUACUACGCACUGGAUAAUUAUUUUCAAAAUCAUCGGCGUUACGUGAAAAGCCGAAGUGAUAAACAGCUACUUGGAGAUCUGCAAGACGUUUCUGAGUAUACCUUCACGCUUUAUUUUACUGGCAGAAAUGAUCGUAUCCUUGUGCCUUGGACUCAUGAGGGUGUUGCAUGGGAAGUCGAUAAAAAGCACAAGUUCAAGAAUCCUCCUGGCAACAGUUUACAAGAAGCUUUCAAGAACACUACGAAACCGCCUAAUUGGCAGAAGAACGUAUGGGAAUUGGAUCCCGAACAUCCUGAUAAUAAUGGAUUUUUAAAUACGGAUUUUAUAGUCUGGAUGCGUACUGCUGCACUACCAAAUUUUCGGAAGCUUUACCGCAGGCUUAUUCGUAUCGGAUUCUUCACUUCUGGUCUACCUUUGGGGAGAUAUGAGUUGCGUAUUAUAAAUAAUUAUCCGGUCACUGUCUUUGGCGGGAGGAAGUAUUUUGUAAUUAGUACGACGUCGUGGGCCGGAGGAAAAAACUUAUUUUUGGGUGUCAUGUAUAUUAUUGUGGGAAGCUUAUGCGUAAUUGCUGCCAUUGCGUUUACCGUGAUUCAUCGCGUUUUGGGGAACCGAUUCACUAGUUGA